AUGAACACUUCUUACUUAUUCACGGGAGACACAACGAGGCGGAUUUUUUUGAUCAGAAAUGGUGAACCCGCUGACUUUGGUGGUUUACGUAAUAAUGGUGCAUUCCUGAAUCACAAUAAGCUUACAAAGAUGGACACAAGACAAGCAAUAAUGACCAUUAAGCGAUCUGGUGGCUUUGAAAAUCAUGUUGAUGAUCCACCGUUAACACAAAUUGGACGUGCUGCUGCUGAACUUGUUGGUCGUUCAUUAUCUGAAAAAAAUUUCCACAUUCAUACCAUUUAUACUUCACCCUCACUUAGAUGUUUACAGACAGCAAUUGCCAUUAUAUCAACAUUGAAUUGUCGUGAACCACUUAGAUUACGCAUUGAACCCGCUCUCUACGAACCGCUUAGUUUUAUUGGAAAGGUUCCAAAAUUUCUCAACGCACAAGAUCUUCAAAUAAAUGGUUACGUUUGUGAUGAGCAUUACAUACCGGUCAUGUCAGUUAACGAUCUUAAAUCUUUACUUCAAUGGGAGCUAAGGCCAAGUGAUAUACAAAUGAGGGUGGAAAAAGUGGUAAAUAGGAUUUUAUCGGAACAAAAGCAAGAAGGUGGUAUAUUGAUUAUAUCUCAUGCACCAAUGCUCGAUGUCUUAUAUAGAAUGAUGACAAAUCGAACUGAUAUGCCACGAACGAUGGGUGAUAUGCAACGUUUGAUACAUUACUAUCCGCGUUGCUCGAUGAUUAUUUUGCAAUACAAUCCGUUAAUUAAAAUAUGGGAAAAUCGGCAAGAUAUUAUUCCACCGUUAAUGUAUUGGCAUAACAAUUGUACAGUUAAUGUACCAAAUUUUGAUUAA